ACGUCUUAUUCAUAUUUGUCAAUUGGUAAAGAAAGUAAAUAGAACUUUUAUACAACGAAGUGUUUAUCAAGUCAUAGAUUUUAUUAAUAAUUUGUUUGUUUUUUAAUUCAGAGUGUUUUAGUAAAUUGUGUUUUCUAUUACAAUUUUGUGUAUUCCUUGAGCAAUGAAAAAGUAUUAUGGAUUGUUUAAUGAAGGGAGCAAGAUCAAUCAGAUAAUUUGCGCGGUGCUGAUCAACUUUCCCGUGUUCGCCUAUGGUGCAAGUAUAGGAUGGAUGUCUCCAAUGACACUCUUGUUACAAUCAAAAGAUUCUCCAAGAGGAGAACCUUUGACAGAUAUUGAGGUAUCAUGGAUGGCAGCAGUUGCAUAUUUAACAUGCAUACCAGGAAACUUUUUGAUGGCAUUUUUGGGGGAUACUUUUGGAAGGAAAAUCACUUUAAUUUUCAUUUCGUCUACUGGUGCUGCAAGUUGGAUUCUUAUGCUCUCAUCGUUCGAGGUUUGGGCUCUGAUUCUUGCUCGAGCUUUAGUAGGUAUUACAAUGUCAGGUUGCUACGUUACCUGUCCAAUAUACACUAAAGAGAUAAGUGAUGAUAGCAUUCGUGGAGCUCUGGGAUGUUUGGUAAUUUUAUUUCACACAUCUGGCAACUUAUUUCUAUACAUAAUCGGAGAUUUAUUGACUUACCGUACCGUCCUCUGGAUCUGCUUAUCACUGCCAACGUUUCACCUCAUCUUAUUCAUGAUGAUGCCUGAUUCACCUUCGUACUUAGUUAAAACUUCUAAUAUUGAGGAAGCUGCAAGGGUAAUGGCUUGGCUUCGUUGCAAAGUUGAAGAUGAUCAGUCAAUUAAAAGUGAAUUAGAGGUUAUAAAAAAGGAACAGGUUAAUGAUAAGGAAAGCAAUCGAUUUCUACUUCGUACAAUUAUAAAGGACAAUAUACUAUCCAAAGCUUUUUACAUAGCUUUGAUAGUAACACUAGCUCGUGAGAUAUGCGGUGCUGUUCCUGUUCUGAACUUUGCUGGGGAAAUUUUCGCUUUAGCUUCAACUGACAGAAGUUUAGUGUUGAGUCCCAACCAGCAAGCAAUAUUGCUGGGUGUAGUUCAAGUAACUGGAUCCAUGCUGGCAUCUAGUAUUGUAGAGAAAGCUGGAAGAAAGCCUUUACUUUCAAUAACAUCCUUGAUAUCUGGACUAAGUAUGUGUGCUCUGGCAUCCUGGUUUGUGGCCAAGGACUACGGUGCAGUCACUCCUAACUGGAUACCUAUAGUGACAUUAUGUUUGUGCAUAUUCUGCGACGCUUGCGGUUUGCAGCCGAUAUCUAUUGUUAUAACAGGAGAAAUAUUUUCCUAUAAAUAUCGAGGGACUGUAAUGGCGAUAACAAUGUCAGUUGCCUCAUUUUUCGAUUUCCUGCAACUUCUCUUUUUCAAACCGUUAGCUAAUUCUAUUGGGAUCCACGUUGCAUUUUAUUUCUUUGGGGUCGUGUGCAUUUUCAUGGCGAUUUAUGUUGUAAUUGUUAUCCCGGAGACUAAAGGAAAGAGCCUGGUGGAAAUCUAUAAGUGUCUUUCUAAGAAGAAAAAACAACAGAAUGAUCUGGUUAGUGAUUUUAUUGAAUAAACAGU